CCCUAAUGUCCUGUCACGCUCACCAUGCAUCAGCGGGUCUAUAAGACGCCACACUGGCCAGCAAACUCGUCAGUCGUCCACUCACGCUCUCCAGACGAACACAAAGUUCACUGAAGCUGCAGCCAUGACGACAAACUUGGUGAUGACCCAACCCCAACCCUAUGUCAUGAGCGCUGUAUCCAACCAAUGGACCUCUGACAUCUGUGACUGCUGUGAAGACCUGCCCAUGUGUUGCUUGGCCUGCUGGUGUCUUCCCUGCUUCACCUGUAAGACAUCAUACGAGGCCGGGGAGUGUGUGUGUUUACCACUGCUAGACGCUUAUGGAUGCAUUCCACCAAUGACGACAUCCCUCAGGGUGGCAGUACGUACGAGAUAUGGCAUUGAGGGCUCGAUCUGCAAAGACUGCGUGUUGUCCUACUUCUGUGGGCCCUGCACCUGGUGUCAGAUCGCAAGAGAAAUCAAAACAAGGAAGAACCCCGUCUUCUCUGUCGUCAUAUCGCGCUGAUAUCUUGAGUGAAAUGAACAUCAUCAUCAUCAGGGAGUUCAGUGGCGCUGUGCUAUGUCACUGAGCAGCUGAUUUCAUUAUUUUCCUGG